AUGAUUAACUCCUUUUUUGUGUGGAAUUGCCAAGGGGCAGCUUCGAGCAAGUUUUAUAGAGUACUAAAAUCCCUCUUACAAGGGUACAAGCCAGACAUUGUUGCUUUGGUUGAACCCCGAAUCUCAGGUGCCAAUGCGGAUCGGGUCAUUAGGAGAAUUGGCUACCCAAACUCGCACAGAGUAGAGGCAACUGGUUACUCGGGAGGAAUUUGGCUAUUAUGGCGUGCAAGCGUGACCUUACGUGUCUUAAUCAACCAUAAACAAUCCAUCCAUACCACUAUUGAAGAAGCAUCAGGGGGAAGUCCCAUUCUCUUCACUGCAAUAUACGACAGUCCCAACCCCUCACUUAGAGAGCAGCUUUGGAGAGACCUCUUGAAGAUCCAAGUAAGUGAGGCUGAACCUUGGCUCUUGGCUGGCGAUUUUAACGCCACAAUCAAUGAAGGAGACAGAACCGGGGGUACAAGCUGGAACCGAAUGGGCUACCAAAGGUUUAAAAAUUUUAUACAAGAUGCUGGGCUGGUGGAUCUGGGUUUCUCAGGCCCAAAAUACACAUGGCAGCGGGGUAGGCUUAUGGUAAGAUUGGACAGGGCCCUGGGCAACAGCAAGUGGUUAUCGGAUCAAGCCAACAUGGAGGUACUGCAUUUACCGAAGAUACAAAGUGACCAUAGGCCCCUUUUGAUAAAAUCUUCAGUGAUGAACCGCCAGGAUAGACCACCUUUCCGAUUCCUUGCAUCUUGGCUUCUCCAUCCUACUUUUACAGAAUGGUCCAGCGGGUUUUGGGCUCAAGAGCAUAGCCUGACGGAGAAGCUUCGUAGGUUCACCACUGAAGCCCAAACUUGGAACGCAGAAGUAUUCGGCGGCAUAGGUCAAAGCAAGCGUGAAUUGUGA